AUGGGUAACGAUCUUUCAACGUCAUCAAAAGCCAAAAAAUAUAGAGUUAUAAAUAAUGAAGACACCGACGUUAAUAAUGUGCAUGAAAUAACUGGUCGUAAACAUACAAUAGCGAGUACCAAAUUUCCAGUAGCUGAUUAUAAUUUAAAUAGGGAAUAUAGUCACCAUGAUUUCUUCUUGAAAGUCUGGGGCUCGAACUAUUUUUCUCCAAUCGAAUCUAUCUUAGAACGUGGUGAGGUCAAAGUCCUUGAUGUUGGUUGUGGAUUCGGCUCAUGGAUCUGUGAUAUGGCAAAAAUUUAUCCUCUUUCACACUUUACUGGGACUGAUACUAUAGAUCCCAAAGAUCUUACUCUUUCAAAUGUCAGCUUUACACAAGGCGAUGCCUUAGAAGGACUGCAAUAUCCAGAUUGUUCAUUUGAUUAUAUUCAUUUCAGAGAUCUGUUAUGGCAUAUUACAUCGAAAGAUGCUUCUAAUAAAUUAUUUCCAGAUGCUGGUCCUAACACUAAAUUCCUCAUGGACGCAUUGUUUAAUCAUAUUCGAAAUAAUGGUAUUUGUCCCGAAGAAUUUUACAAAAAUACAACGAAAUUAUUUAAAGAUAAUAAUCUUGAAUACAAAGUUGAAGAAAGAAUAAUAUAUUUUUCUAAUUCUGAUUCUGUG